UGGAAAUCCUGAUGGCCAGACCUGGCUGGGUGUUUCCAGGGGGCCUCUGCCUCUUGGUGUUGGUGUCACUGGGAGGCACCUGGCAUGGGAUGCAGGAGCAUCAACCAGAUCUGCACCAGACACCCCUGGAAACAGGAGGAGUCUGGAAUAAAAUGUUUCACUCCUGGCCAUUGCUCUCCUUUUAAAUUACACAUUGAAACAUGUUGUAAACUCCUUCAGCACUGAGCUGCAUAAGGCAGCCUCCAGAGGGCUGACUCCAUGCGCACCCCACUCUCUUGAAUGGUCAAGCCUGCUCCCAGCAGGGAUCAUGGGAGGAUUUACGCUGGUUGGUGCAAAAGGCGUGGCAGCCCCAAGCUCUGCACUCACCCACCCAUCCGAGCAGAGCCAGCACUGGUGGGGUGGAGAAGCAGGUCGGGCGGACGGCCACCCAACAGGGGUCAGAGAUAAGAAGGAAGAGGGAGGGAAGGAGCCAGUCCAGGUUUUAAAAGCUGCACCCAAGUCUGGAGUGGGAAGGGAGGUGGGAAGGCUGAUGGCCAGGCCAUCUGCUCUGCUUGUGUCCAUCAGGCACCAGGCAGAGGCCCUCUGCACUCUCCAGGAUGCUGCAGCACCCCAUUCUCCCCACAGUCCCCCACAACCUUCCCACACCCAAACCUUCAGUGCCAGCAGGUCUGGCACAUAUUGGCACAUCCCAAGAGCAGUGAUGGAGUUGUCAGAGCCUGGUGGGGCUCAGCAGCUGGAGGAAGAGAGAAAAGCUCCAGGGAAAAGCCCUAAGGAAGAAGGGAGUGGCGACCUAACUCCUCUCAGGCCAGGUGAGCCCAGGCCAGAGAGGCUGGCCUGGCCAAGGCUGGCAAGGUGUGAGACGCUUCGAGAGAAGGCUCUGCGCAGCAAGAUGUCCCGAAUAGUAGAAGUGACUUCCCGGCUUGUACAAGUAGAGCAGUCUCUCCUGCUCCCUCUCCUAGAGCAGCAUCCUCUUCCUCUCCACCCAAAAGAUAGCAUUGAAUUUCGAAACAUCUGUACACGUAUGGUUUUACAAAGAGAGGGACAACAAUUUGACAGAGACUUACGUGAAGCCCACCAGUGUUUGAAGACCAUUAUUGAGAAACUCAUUUGUUCACUGGCAGCUUUUGCUUCAGAUUCUUGCAUCCCAGUCCUGUCUGCUCUGAGACAAAUCCAGCAAGAUCUUCUGGCAAUAUGAAACAGCAGGCUGCUUGGCUAAGGAAGGAGCAAGGCCUAUGAGCUGUAAUGGUCCUAUAAAAAUAAUAGAUAGCGUGAAAGGUGAAUCGUGGAGAUUUUACUGUAGCAAGAGUUCCUGCUGACUUUACAUCAAGGAAGACUUCCCAAUGGAAAUGGUGUUCCUGCAAAGUCCUGAAUAGCCUUCUCAUACCAAACUCAUACCAAAGUCAUGUUAAUCAUAGCUGGGAACUUCUCCAGAAGUUGCUCUGGAGAAACAGGAAUUAAUUCUUCAAUAAUAAGGUCUCAAAAUGAAUACAGAAAAGUGGAGGCUGAGAAGACAACCGUCAGAAAUCUACUUUUUCAUCACAGUCCAAUAAAAUGUGUUUUCAAGUAAUUCAUUAUGGAGUGGACACGAGAGAGAGACAAAGAAAAUAUGGUGUUCAAGUAUAGACUCUUGUGAGAAGGUGUACAGCCUGGUUAUACUGCGAAUGAGGACAGCCUGCUAAAUCCUAACUACAUCUUACCAUAAUAAGCCAAGAAACCAGUGGAAAGGUGAAGGUGCAGUAUCUUCUGUUCAGAGAAGCAAAAAAAAAGUAAAAAAGAAGAAAAAUAUGUGGGACCAGUGGGAUCAAUCACUUGAAACCAAUAAAAGGCCUUGGUGGAUGAUCCAGCGGAGGUGAAUGGAAAGCAAAGCAAAA